AUGGCAUCUAGGCCUCUUCAAAUUGCCAUCAUAGGGGCUGGUCCUGCAGGCUGCACACUCGCUCGCCUUCUUCAGGUCUCUGAGCAAGCCAGCGCCGUCAAGGUGACCAUCUUUGAAAGAGAGGCCCAGCUUCAUGAUCGAGAUCAAGGCGGAACGCUAGAUCUCCACGACUCGACAGGCCUAGAGGCCUUGAGACGCGCUGAGCUCCUCCACACUGACGAGUUCCGGGCUAUCGCUCGCCAUGAUGGCGAUGCUAUCGUUCUCUGUGACAAAAACAUGCGCAGGUGGAUCGACAUUGCCAGCAGCUCGGACGGCGGAUGGCUCGCCCAAGGCAAACCUGAAGUUGAUCGGUUGCAGCUGCGCCAGUUGCUUCUGAAUAGCUUGGUUGGAAACGUCGUGGUCUGGAAUAAGCGAGUCAGUAAGGUUGAACUUGCUCCAGACACAAGUUCCACCUUGUAUUUCGAGGACGGCUCGUCAAAGUCCGGAUUCGACUUGGUCAUCGGCGCAGAUGGCGCCUACAGCAUGGUUCGCCCCCUGAUCACUCCUCAAAAGCCAUUUUACAGCGGAGUUGGGGGUUGGAACAUGCUCUGCCAUAGAGCUGACAUUCUUCGCCCGCUCAUGAACAAGAUGAUCAAUCGCGGUAGCCUGUUUGCAUUCUCGGAUGGCAAAGUCGUCAUGGGUCAGCAAUUGGGCACAGGCUCAAUUUACAUCAGUAUGUGGGGUCUCAAACCCGAAAACUGGGUGUCAACUUCAGGCUACGACGUCAAAGACCCAAAACAAGUCAAGCAGGCUCUCCUAGAAGAAUUCAAGGGCUGGGCCCCUGAGCUCCGAGAGUUGCUCGCGUCUUUUGAUGAAACGCAAGUGUGGCCCCGUAGCCUUGUUAUGCUACCAACAGGCCUCUCUUGGGACUCCAAGCCAGGACUCACAAUAAUGGGCGAUGCUGCUCACGUCAUGUGUCCUUUCGUUGGUGAAGGAGUGAAUGCCGCUAUGGCUGAUGCUAUGGAACUCGCUGAUGCGAUCAAGGAUACAAUUAAGAGCGGCUGGAGUAGGGAGCUACUUGCGCGAAAUGUCGAAAAGUACGAACAUGGAAUGCGCAAGCGGACUCUCCGCGCUUCUUCCAUGACGGAAGACAUCAUGAAGCUGAUGCUUUUCACCCCAGGCGCCCCUACCACUACAAUCGAACGGUAUUUUGUUAGAGCAACAAGCGAUGAUCUUCCUUUCUUACUCCGGCCAGUUUGGAAAUUUCUGGUCAAUUUCUACUACUUUGCAUUUAAAGCCUUUUUCAAGUAA